UAUAUCACGACGAGUGUCACGCCAUGGGACACUUGUCCAUCUCUCUCUCUCUGACCCCUUUCAGGUAUUUUUUUCUUUCUCAAAGAGGAAUUAUCGAUUUCCAUUUCCAAAGGGAAAAAAAAAGAAUUCGAAGGUCAGGAAUUUUUUUUAAAAAAACAUCUUUAUUUUUGUUAGUUUGUGUGACUGAGCUGCUUAAUUUUGUUUUGGUUUGAUGAAAUGAUUUUUGUUGUCUAUUGGUGAUUGGUUUUCUUGUUCAGAUUCAUUGAUUCGAUGAGAAUCAUGAUUUUUCCCGCCGAGUGUGAUUGGAGAUUUGUUUUUUGAUUAAAGGAGAUUCCUUUCCAUUUUCACUAUUAUUUGCUCUGUUUUAGUACUUCAUUGUGCAUAUAUAUAUAUAUAUAUAUAUAUCUCUUUCAGAUCUUUUGUUGGGGUUCAUGUUUCGGAUUUAGCUUUGGAACUGAUAAAAAUCUGAUUUUGGGUCUCUUUUGAGUUUUGGGUGCAACUGCUGUUUUCUAAAUUUUGGUACUUUAAAAAUGGAUAAAGAUCUCUGCUUUUUUAGUUUCUUCGUUUGUUUUUUCUUUUCUCUGAUGAGUUCAACAAUUUUACAGAUGUAUGAUUAAACCAUAACCUGUGCUUGUUUGUUUUCUUGAAGGUAAAUAAAUCCAGAAGCUUUGAUUGUACGGAAGCUUGAUUUGAGAAGAGAGUAGUAAUGGGGUCUAGAUUAAACUUCAAGAGCUUUGUUGAUGGUGUGAGUGAGCAGCCAACUGUGGGGACUAGUCUUCCAUUGACGAGACAGAACUCGGUGUUCUCGUUAACCUUUGAUGAGUUUCAGAACUCAUGGGGUGGUGGAAUUGGCAAGGAUUUUGGGUCUAUGAACAUGGAUGAGCUCUUGAAGAACAUUUGGACUGCUGAGGAAAGCCACUCAAUGAUGGGAAACAACACUAGUUUCAACAACAUCAACAAUGGUAAUAGCGGAAACACUGUUAUUAACGGCGGUGGUAACAACAAUGGUGGGUUAGCUGUUGGUGUGGGCGGAGAAAGUGGUGGUUUUUUCACUGGUGGGAGUUUGCAGAGACAAGGGUCAAUUACAUUGCCUCGUACGAUCAGUCAGAAGAGGGUUGAUGAUGUCUGGAAGGAGCUGAUGGAGGAGGAUGACACUGGAAACGGUGUUGGUAAUGGUGGGACAAGCGGGAUUCCACAGAGGCAACAAACGUUGGGAGAGAUGACUUUGGAGGAGUUUUUGGUCAGGGCUGGUGUGGUUAGGGAAGAACCUCAACCGGUGGAGAGUGUAACUAACUUCCAUGGCGGAUUCUACGGAUUUGGCAGUAAUGGAGGUCUCGGGACAGCUAUUAAUGGGUUUGGUGCUAACCAGCCUCAUGAUUUGUCUGGAAAUGGAGCAGUGAUGAGACCGGAUCUUCUGACAGCUCAAACUCAGCCACUACAGAUGCAGCAGCCACAGACGGUGCAGCAACCGCAACAACUGAUACAGAAGCAGGAGAGGCCUUUUCCCAAACAGACCACUAUCGCGUUUUCCAACACUGUUGAUGCGGUUAACCGUUCUCAACCUGCAACACAGUGCCAGGAAGUGAAGCCUUCAAUACUCGGAAUUCAUAACCAUCCUAUGAACAACAAUCUACUGCAAGCUGUCGAGUUUAAAACAGGGGUAACGGUUGCAGCAGUAUCUCCUGGAAGCCAGAUGUCACCUGAUCUGACUCCAAAGAGUGCCCUGGAUGCAUCUUUGUCGCCUGUUCCUUACAUGUUUGGGCGAGUGAGAAAAACAGGUGCAGUUCUGGAGAAAGUGAUUGAGAGAAGGCAAAAAAGGAUGAUAAAGAAUAGGGAAUCAGCUGCAAGAUCCCGCGCUCGCAAGCAAGCUUAUACGAUGGAACUGGAAGCAGAAAUUGCGCAACUUAAAGAGUUAAAUGAAGAAUUGCAGAGGAAACAAGUUGAAAUCAUGGAAAAGCAGAAAAACCAGCUUCUGGAGCCACUGCGCCAGCCAUGGGGAAUGGGAUGCAAAAGGCAAUGUUUGCGAAGGACAUUGACAGGUCCCUGGUAGAGCCUAUACUGGCGUCCAAGGAACUCAACAAAGAGCCGAAGUUAUAGAACAACUCAGAAAAUAGAAAGCUAGCUUGGUAUGUAGUUUAGGCAGGUGUUUCUGUGGGUGAUUGUAAAUCGUGAAGUGUGGCGGAUUUGACAGAGAUAGAUAAACACUCAUCUGUUCUAUUUUCCUGAAGCAUCUUUUGGUUUUAUCGUCCUGAUGUAAUGGAUCUUGAUCAUUUGUCUUGAACAUCUUUGUGACUUAACCAGAGUGGAUUUAUCUUUGUAUUU